AUGAACUUUGCUUCCUUCAACUUCAGUCUUCUCCGAAUGGAGCACAUAGAAACUCUCUAUGUCGCAGACGGUGGUGUCAGGCUGCAUCUUCGACUUCGGGAUCCACUUUCUGUCCGGGCAUCGCACGAGUUCUUUUCUGAAACAUUGGAUUUCAAGUGCCAGUACAGUGUGGAAUGGUAUGAGAUCGUUACAGAUGUGGAAGUGGACACCAUGGUCCCCGACAGAGUCUGGGUUCGUGCAGUCGAGGAGGAUGUGAUUCCAGGGUUUCGUGUCUGGAGAGGCCAUUCUUCCGAGCAGGCCUUUGCAGCAGCGGCAGCGGAGCAAAAGAAAAAACGGUCCAGGACUGGAGUGACUGGAGGGGCUACACGCAGCGACAGGGCAGGGAAGCGGCGGCGGACAUCAGACGAUGCCGUGGCUGGCGGACUUCAACCCGAUGAACCAGCAGCUUCGAGGGACGACGAUGUCGCUCAAGAUGAGGAUCAUGUUGAUUUUGAGAACCAGCACAACGAGUCCGCAAACGAAUCAGAACACUCUGAGCAGGCCGAAUGGGAGCUUCUGGCCGACUUUGCUGAAUCGCAAGAGAAGCAGAGGCCGGACUCACACGAGUCCGAAGCUGCCGGUUCUGCUGCUGCUGCAGCAGCCGUGUCUGCCGAUGAUGGAGAUGGAGCGGCGGCUGCAGCCGAAGGAGGUGCUCCUGAAGGCUUGGUUCGCCCGUAUAAGGCUGUGAAAAAAACAACAAAAGAGGAUGUAUUUCACAUCCCUGGUUUCGGCAGCUUGAGAUACAACGACAAGAAGAAAACGCUCACGGCGCACUGCCUCUGCGACAAGCAUACUGAUCAAGAAUGCCGCAAACAACGAACGUGUCUGGAAGGACAUCAGAGAGGCCAGGGCCGCCCAGUCGGAUAUCUUACUUUGUGGUUGCAGGAACAGCAUUUCCACGACAGUGCCAAGAAGCACAUCAAAGAGAGCACAGCGCAUGAGGAGCGGGCCCAGCGGGAAAGGGCACGUGAGUAUUUCCAGGCUUUACCUGGAGGAUUGGAUUUCGCACAGAAGUACGAAAGGCAACGCAAAGAAGGUGAGCCGGAGGAACCGGACUUCGCCCGUCCGAUCUACAUUGGAUAUUUGAGCAAGUCCAUGUUCACGGUGAACGAUGCACGGGCCUGGGCCAUGGCUGACCAGACUGCCACUUCGGAACGCGAUGCUGGCGGUCACGAGGCCAAGUGGAAGCUCAAGGCCGCUGAAGCAAGAAUUGCGAUUGGGAUUUCUUUGUCAUCUGCUCUCUGGACGAGCAGAGAUGACUUUGUAGGGGAGGGCCUGAGGCUGACUGCCAGGCAGCAAGACUUGAUCGAUACCGUCGCCGCAAAGGUCUUGCUCUCCAAACGUGGCCAACUUGCGGUUGAUGUGCUGAAGGACACAUACUUAGAUAUUUCUCAAGGCCAUGACCGGAUGAAACACAGCCGUGCUGACGGUGUAGCUUGCACCUUCACCACCUCGACAUUGCUUUACUCCUACUCAGAAGACCGUGUCGUUCUUCCUUUGGAGAUGAUGCUCAUGCACGGCUUCCCCAGAUCCGCAAUCGCCCCCCGAAGCAUUGGGCAGCGUGCUCUCAAAGAUAUGGUAGGCAAUGGAAUGAGCCUCCCUUGCUUGGCCACCAUGGUUUGGGCUUUCUGGGUCAUGCGCAACCGACAGUUCGAAGCUCCGCAGCAGACACCACUCCAGAUCCUUUGCCCAAGCCGUGUUUCCAGAGUGAAGCAAAAGCAAACACCCACACCAGCCAGACUUAGAGACAGAGUUGCUCAGCAGCCAGCGAGAAAGAGGCAGCGUGUUGUCAUUGACAUCACGGAAGACUUCGAUUGA